GUUGGCUGUGUUGUCUUACUUACUUUCCUUCUACCCCGACCUACAAAAUGUGGACGCCACCCAAAAAAAAAUCCGCUCCCACCCGCGCGUUGCCCAAGGACGCGACCAACUCUGCGAAUACGUUGCCCUUGUGGAGUCGCCUCCUGGACCACAAUGCGGAUGGUUGUCAGCGGCGGAAAAGUGACGACAAGCAGGCGAACUACGAGGUGGAGGUCGCCGACCGGUUGUGGUCCUUGUGGGGCACCGCCCACCAAGUGGAGCCCGAGGGGAGUAGCACCUCCGCAGAGUCCGCAGCCGGAAGGACCUCGGCUCCCGGCAAGAUCCUGGCCUGCUGUGUGGUAGCCUGUUGUGCUGGCAGUUUCCAUUCACUGGACCACUGGGACACCCGGCUGUUGGACACGAUCCUGGUGAAUGGUGAGAAUUACUACGAUGAAAGUUUGGCGGCCAGGCAGCGCAGGGAUUUAGUGGGCGAACUCUCACUGGAAACUUUGAACACCUUUUGCUGUCUGGAUGGUCGCAACUUUUGGGUGGACAUCGAGAAAUUCUCCGUCGGCAAGUUGUACAACAAAACCAAGAGCCUGGGAUCGGCAUUGAGUGCGUUCUUUGCCCAGCACCUGCAAACGGGGAUCCUUCAGCUGAGGGAUCAGGCUCUGGCCUUUGGCUUCAUACCAGAGUAUGCCUCAGGGGGAGCCUUCUUCCUCUUCCACUGCCAGGCGAAGGGUAAGCCCCUUUUUAAGGACUGCGAGAGUGCCCCCUAUGUCCUCAGGAUGCGAAAGCUGCAGCAGCUCCUCUACUGUAUGCUGAUCACCUUAAACGAGCGACGACGCAAUGUGCCUUUCAGGAUCUACAAGGUUGGGUGUGUUCCCAGUGCUGAUUAGAAGAAACUUUCA